AUGAAUUCUAAUCAAUCCAUACGAACAUCAACUCAACAACAACAAAAACUUAUUUUGCCCAAUUCAUUGCCACAAGAUUUGUUUAAUAUUUUUAAAAAUUUAGUUCUAUUCUUUUGUCGUCGUGUCAUCUUUGCACCACCGAAUACUAAAAUAAUUAUUUAUUUUUGUAUGAUAUUUAUUGGUAGUGUACUGAAAGAUUUUAAUCUCUCACCUCAAACAUAUUUAGCAAAUAAACAAAAUUUAUUAAACUCAUAUUUUGCUAAAUUAGGUUGGGGUUCGACAAUCAUGUUAUUAUCACUAUUUGUUUAUUUGACAAGUUUAAUUUAUACAAAAGGAAAUUAUAAUUUAAUUAUGAAACAUUUAUUACGUUUACUUAUUGCUAUUGGUGUCUGGUAUAUAAUAACAUCAUUAUUUCAGUAUAUUGAAUCGGUAGCUGGAUAUUGUAAACAUUUGAAGUAUUCAAAAUCAAACAGACAAAUAUGUUUAAGCAGUGGCUAUGAAUGGCAAGAAGCUUAUAAUUUGAGUGAUCAUACAUUUUUAUUGAUCUAUUUACUAUUAGUUGUUAAUGAAGAAGUAAAAUCAUAUGAUGAAGGUUGGAAAAGAUUAGAGUUAUUAUAUGAACAAAAUAGUGGAAAAGUAAAACAACAACAACAAAAUAUUGGUGAUAUAUCAUCGUCGACAAAAUUUGAUCAUAUUGAUUCAUUAAGAUUUCGUAAGUUAUCAUUAACAAUUAAAUGUCUCUAUAUUUCUCUAGCUUUAUUAACUAUGCUAUGGGAAUUUAUGUUAUUAUCAACAGCACUAUAUUUUCAUCAUAUUGUGCAUAAACUAGGUGCAGCACUAUUAGCCGUUAUUAUGUGGUUUAUUACUUAUCGUUAUUGGUAUAAACAAAGAAGUGCCAUAUCAAACCCGUUUACACCAUGUUUGCCGGGUGAUGGGCUUUUAGCUUAUUAA